AUGGAUUUCUACAAUUGUGAAGAUAUUAGAAUAGCAAAAAAAAUACUUACCAGCGAUCUAGAUGCGUUAAAUCUAGAAAAAGAUGAUAAAAUAAAGCCAAACAGUUCUGGAAACUCUAAAAAGGACAAGGUUAGUGAUUUAAUACUAACAAUAAAAACAAUUCUGAGCAACAAAAUUGAAAGCAAAUUGCCUCAGUAUGCUGCUCUCAACCUUUUUAAAAUUCCAAGCUCAAAAAAAGCUAAAUUUGAGUCAAUUCUUGACGAAAAGUUAAAAAAAUUAGAAGAACUAUUUAUUGAAGAAAGAAACAUCUUCCGAGAAAUAGUAAAUGAUGCGGCUAUUAACAAUAGGCCAAAAGUAGAAAGAAAGCAGCAAUCCGAUUGCAAGACCGAAUCGAGCAAGCAAUCUGACUGGUCAGAGAUUGUAAAACGUAAAAUUAAAAAGAGCUCAAAUGUUCAACACGUGGCGAAUGUUCAACACGUGGCGAAUGUUCAACACGUGGCAAAUGUUCAACACGUGGCGAAUGUUCAACACGUGGCGAAUGUUCAACACGUGGCGAACAUCAACAUGUUGAAAACAAAGAAAAAAACACACAACACUAACAUAGCAAAUAUGAAAACAGUUAUAGGCACCCAAACUGAUAAACAAACAAAUUUGAAAGCGAUGAAACCUUCGCCAAAAAGAAAAGUUUUUUACGUUGGUCGAUUGGACCAACAAUGCACUGCAAAAGAGUUAAGCGAACACAUAAAUGGAUUGAAAAUUGAGGUGCUUGGUUGCUCAGCAAUCAUAAACUCAACUUUUAAUCGCCGCUCAAAGCAAGCUACAACAUCGAUCAACACACAAAACACGAACUCUGACAAAAUCGAUGUUCAACAGACAAGCGCUGCAUUCAGAGUUUGUAUUUAUGAAACAGACUCAGCUGAUUUCAUGAAUGCAGAAAACUGGCCAGACCAAAUCAUCGUCCGCGAAUGGUGUUUCAAUGAUCCAAAAAGCAAACGAGGCGGAGGUGUUGGUGUGUUCAUAAAGCAUGACAUCAAAUAUGUUGUAAAUGAUAACAGUGCAUUUGAUGAUGAAAAUGUCGACGUUCUCUGUGUGGACAUUGAAUCGGGGCAUGCUUCAUCUAGGGAUUUCUACGUCAGCAAUUGCCGGCAUUUUUUAGAAACUUUUUCACUUUUGGAACUUCCAUUCAAGCAAGAACUACACGCCACACGCCACUUUUCUAUGCCCCACCAGCCAGAAUUAAAGUACUCUGCAUGA